CUGGUUGCUUAAGUCAUCAGGCCAGGUGCGUCCUGCCUGGGGAGGGCAGCAGCCUCCCGGUGGUCUCCCUUGUGCGGUCCUGCUCCAGGCUCCGUGGCUGGAUGGGCCAGGAGAGCAUCCAGAGCCAAGCUGGACUGGAGAGAAGCAGAGGGAGGCUCCCUUCAUCACCCGAAGUUUCCAGCUGUGCAUCAGGAGUUGCAGCUCAGCCAGUGAUGAAAUCUGGGCCUCCGGAGAGGAAAGGCAGGCGUGAGCUUUGUUGGGUGCCCAGCAUAGCCUGGCGCUGCUGCCUUUCAGGAUGCCACUCCCUGGCAGGGAGGAGAGAGGGGGGGGCUCCUCCUUUGGCUGACUCUUCCCAAGGGAGGGGGUUAAACUCGCCCCAGAGGGCUGUGAAGCUCAGGGCCUGUCGGGUGAUGUGAAUAAUUCCACCUGCAGGUUUCCCAUUGGGCUUUCUGUGCAGAUCAGUGGGCUUUCUUAGUUCUUGCCCUCUUUUGUCUUCCAUCGGCUGUUUAAUUGGUUUUAUUACAAUUUCCCUGUUUGUGGGAGCUACGCAGCGUCAUUGGGAGCUUACAGGUCUGAAGGACAUAAACAAUUAAAGAAGUAAAUGCACCAUGAAUGCUGUCAUCGGGUAACUCUUGAUUGGGAAAGUAGCUGAAGAGCUAAGAGGCUGCCAGGGUGGGUCCCUGGCAUUGUCCCUCGGAGCCCCCAUGUGCCAGAGGAGCAGGAGAUGCUGCCAGGGCACCCGAUGUCCGUGGGCAUCCUGCCUGCUGCGGCUUGAGCCUCCUUCAAGGUCUCCCUUUGCUGCUUACUUCCCGCAUGCGUGGCAGCUUCUCCUGCCCGUGGGUGCCGCAAAUGGGCAUCAGCCUUGCGAGGUUCCUUCGGCCCAAAGCUCAGCCAAGUGAUGGCAAAGCCAAAGGGACAAAGCCACAAAGCCGUUUUCUGUCCUGCCCCAGACGGCCCCGGGCGCCAAGAGCGGGAGCUGAUGCUGCAGCUGAAGGAGGUGGUGGACCGUCAGCGGGACAAGAUCCGUGCCCAGGACCACGAGAUCCAGCGCAAGGCCUGCGACACGGAGGCUCUGCAGGAGCAGCUCAGCCGCUUCAUGACCAUGAACGAGAACCUGCGACGGAAGCUGGCUGCGGUGCAGGUCCAGCUCAGGAGCGCCCUGGAGAGGAAGGGGGAGGCGGAGGCCCUCUGGGAAGCGGAAAGGCCUGGCAGAGCAGCAGAGCCCGCCAGGACUGGCAGCCCCACGGAACGGGAGGAGGGGGAUGUGGGAGGGGCUACAGUCCCCCCAGAACACCCCCCUGACCAGCGCAGCUUCUCGAAGGAAGAGCUGGAACAGAUCCUUCAAGAACGCAACGAGCUCAAGACCAGCCUCUUCUUGGUGGAGGAGGAGUUGGCCUACUACCAGCGGUCAGUCGGUCUCCCUGGGUAUGAAGUGGGGGGAGCUUCUCUCCUGACGGACCCAUGGCAGCCCCACAACUGCCUUUGCUGCAGGAGAGCUGGACUGAUUCUGGUAGGGAGGCCCACGUUCGUCUUCUGAUGGAGUAGCUGCUGCAGGGGUCUCUAUAUGGGCCGGGGGGGGGGCUGUCCAGCCCUGCAGAAAAUACGGGGUGGUACCAACCCCGGGACCGUCCCUCUUCUUUGGAGUCUCCUGCCAAGAGUCAGCUUGUCCCCGUCAGAAAGCUUCUGGCCCUGGAGAGCGGAUUGUUGGGAUGGGUGGCUGUUGAAAUAACGGAAAUAAUAAGUUCUUCUGAAGACCACAAAAUCUGUGGUCCUUCGCCUUAUCCUGCAGUGCUGCUGUCAUCUUCUUUUACUUUUCACCCAUUGGAAAAGCAGUGGGUUUUUUGCCUGUCCUCCACUGCCCCCCCCCCAAGGGACACCUGUCCAGCCUCUCUUUAAACACCUCCAGCCCCCAAGCUGUUUAAAGAGCGCUUAGUGUUCGGAAGCCCUUUCCACCAAAACACUCCUAAUUUAAACCCUAAUUUCUUCCUCGCCUUCGGCAACCAGCCUGGAAAAUUCAGACUGGUCAUCUACCUGGUGGCCAUUUGGUGCUUGAAGGUGGCUGCCAUGUCUCCUCGUGGCUUUCUUUUCCCCAGGAAGUUUCUCCAGUUUGCCAGGCUCCUUCUGUGGUGUCCAGAGCUGGUCCCAGGCACGGCCCCUUGGCUCCUUCCCCAUGAGGCUUGGCCUUGCUCACCUGCCCAGGGAGCCGGAGGCCAAGCCUACCGACUCACCUGGAGACAGAUGGAAGGGACCUGGGAGAUCUUCUAGUCC